UAGGCGUGCCGCUGAUUGUUUUGUUUUGAUCGCCAUAUUAUUAUCAUUGUUCUGUCGUCUGUCCAGUGUUCGAGAACUGAAAUUUAAUUUUAUUAAAGUCUCCCAAUCGUCAAUCGUUUUGGUUUCCUAUUAGUGCAGACAAAUCAGUCCACCUGGAUAGAGCUGUUUUAUUACUUAAUCCACCACCUUCCAGUUCAUCAUGACGACUGACACCAAAAAUGACUACCCCAAAGCAUCCCAAUCCCUAGAGAUUGGUGGGAUGCUGAAUUACAUCGCAGGACUGAUCCUUCUGAUAGCCUUUUGCAGCCCAUACUGGAUCUCCUCCUAUGAUGAGUCCUCGAGCCCGUUCAAGACAAUGGGCAUAUGGGAAUACUGUUUUGAGCACUAUCGCCACCCAAAUUUGCAGUUUGACAUCCUGUUUGAUGGUUGCUAUGCAAUUUACAGCAACGAUGUCUAUUUCAUUCGUGAAUGGUUAUUACCAGGAUGGCUAUUAUUCAUUCAGAUGUGUGUCCUCUUUGCCAUAAUUUUAUCUUUUGGAGCUCAGUUUGUUAUUGCUGGUAUUGUCAUUCGUUAUCCGAGAGACUUUGUUCUAACCUACGAGUACCUUUUGUCUGGAGGAUGCUUCAUCGCAACAGCUGUAGCAACAUUCUUGUUAUUCCUUGCUGUCGCUCUCUUCCCGCUGAACUGCUGGCGCCAGGAUUGGAUUCAAUUUCCUAAAUUCAACCACCUCUCUGGUUCCUACUACCUCUGUAUCGUUGCAUUUCUAUUGCACGCUGCUGCAGCAUGGUACAUCUACAAAGAUGCCCGACGGGGUUACCGUUUCAGGCAGGAAAAACCCGGACUCAUCAUGCAGAUGUACCCUCAAGAACAUAACGGCUAUGCAUAAGGAGUUUGCUAAGUGAAUUAUUCUAGUGCACUUCUGGAGCAGUUUUCAAUGGAUUGGCCGAUUGUUUUUGUAUUUGUUGAUUCGAACGAAAAACAAGAAACUUCCUGUAAAUUCACUCAGUUGAAGGGGACAAAAUGUAAACUUGGACCAGUAAAAGAAGUAUCAGUUACCAAAUUAAAACAUUAGAUCUGUAUCCUCUAUUUUCAAUUUUGAAGGUUACCAUCCAGGUACUGCGUUUGGAAAUCUAGGGAGUGCAUCGGAGAAUGAAGCUGUAAGUGUACCUAAACCUUUUAGAACAACUGUGCCUGUGUUUAACCUCUGGUUUCAGACAGUGUUUUUCAAAAAAUUAUGUUAAGCUUCUAAGCAAGUAACAAAAUCAAGCUUUCAAGUCCUACUGGUCAUAACUUGCACUAACACUAUGCCUAAUUUUGUGUUGAAACUUUUUUUAUGUAUCGGUCAAUUCAUUAAAAGUUCCAGAAGAUGCUGAAAUAGUCCUUUUCAUCUCUUGUUAUUCUUAGAUACAUAUUUAGGUAAUCCUUACACUGAUUUGAAUUUGUUUCAAAUAUUUUCCAAGAUCUAUUUCUCUCAGUGUUGGUUUUUUCUUAUCCAUUUUUAAGCAUUUUUAUAUUUUUUUACAAAUUUGUUUGUUUACCGUGAUUUUAUCUCUUGACCAUUUCCUGUCCUAGUGUCUACAAUGCUAUAACUGUCAAAUGCAAAACCACUAAAUGCUUUUCUUUCCAUUGAAGGUAGUUUUAUUGUGUAUGCGGAGUGGUAUGUAUUAUGAGAUGUAAUUUUUUCAACAUUCAAACUCUUUGAAAGAGGAAGUAUACAAUUUCAAGUAUUGUAAACCAGCCUGCAAAAAUGAACACGGAUGUUUAAUUGUUUCUAGUGAAAUGUUUCUCAUUCUGGUAUAAAGUUUUCUCUUCUACUGUUGCCUUUUAAUUUUGCGAACAUCCUGUUUUGUAACAAAAAAUUUGAACUUGCGAAAUAUUUAUUCUAGAUCAUGAAGUGGUUAGUGUUUUCACCUCAACUUAUUUUAUUCAAGGAAGGGAAUAACUUUACCUUCUCUGUGCAAAAAGUAUGUGGCACCUAAGCAGAAUGUUCUCUUAUUCAUUUUUUCUACCAUCUUCAACGUCCUUAGUACACUUUAUGUAAGAAUCUACUGUGCUGAUUUUACAUCGACUGAGUUUUUGUUACUUUUCAUUAGAUUGACUUAAUUAUGCAUUGUAGACUCCUUGGUUCUCGUAAUCUCACUUCUUUCUUUGCUCGUGUACCAAUAUUACGUAGUUGUUUAUGUGUAAAUAUUCCAAUGCUAUAUUUUAUAAUAGUUAUUAACUAUACGUUCCAUAUUUUACUUAAUAGUAAUGCCUGGAAUUUGGAUUUCCAAGUUUCAGAAACUGCCUUAAUUUUAGACUGAUUUAUGUCUAGCACUCAUCAACAAAAUUCAAAUAUCUUUGAAUAAUUUUACAUCAAUUUUUAGUUUAUAAUUAAUUAAAUAUUUUUAGAGCUUUUUCACAACACAGCGCCUUAAUUAAGAAAUCUCCUCUUUUAGAUAAGAACGGUAUGGUUACUGUUUUCCUUUUUUAGAUAAAAUCAGUUUCAUCAUGAUUCAAUCAAAACUUUUUUUUCGAAUGAAGCUUAAAGAAUCAUUUGCCCCUCUUCUAGUGCAUACCUUUUUUUUUUUUUUUUUUUUUUUUUUUUUAAAUAAAUCUGCUGAUUUUGAUAGAUCUUUUUGUGUGUGAUACUCAUAGGUAAUUUAAUAUAUGUAUGGUAAAGUUGGAUUCUCAUAACUUUUUGUAAUUAACGAUGUUUUUUUAAGAACUGCUGUAUUAUUUCCUUCAAAGACAAUGAUAAAACAAAACAGCCUAUCAGUCUCCUGUCCCUGGCUGUAAAAAGAAAUACGGACAUGAAGUCAAUUUUAGAACAAUUCUUCAAUGACAUGUGCUUAAAAUUCAUAGCUAAUUCCUGUUUGUCCAUACAUAAACUUGCAAUAACAAUGUCAUGCAAAUUCAUUAAAUAUUUCUAUGUUCUCCUAUCAGCCACACCUCUAAGUGAUUUUAUUGUUUGACAGAAUUGAAUAUACUUAAGCACUUUGGGAUUUUUUAUGAAUAAUCUCAUGCAUCUAAAGGGAGGGCAGUAUUUUUUGGUAAACUGAAAGUUCAAAGUUACAUUAUUUAUUGGCUAUUGUGCUGCAUUUGAAAGGAUAAAAGUCAGAACAUAUGUCACUCAAAUUGGUUUAUUUUUCAGAUGAUUCUUGUCCAAUAAAUAAUACAAAGCCAUAUCUCACAAAGAACCUAAGAGGCUCUUUUAUUGUUCAAUUAUUGUUUUCUUUAACAUUUUUGUGAUGCAAGGGGAGGGGGGGACUUAAAUAAGCUAGGUUAUUUUUUGCAGGGGAAAUCUGAUUUAUUUGUCAUGAAUUUAUCUGCCUUAUCUCAUUAAGCCUUACAAAUUUUCCAUUACCUGUUAUUUUUCUUUCUUUCUCAAAUAAAUUUAAAUAUUUUUAUAUCUGUGCUCAGAACUUUUUCUGAACACACAUUAGCACUCUCAUCCGUCCAGUGUAAGAAGGAUCAGUACUCUCAAAGCUGAAACUGCAAAUAAUGCACUUUAAAACUGCUCUCAUAAUAAUGAAAAUGAAAACUAACCACUCAAAGGAAGGAUGGUGCUGUUUUACCCCUUAUUUGUAGCAAGAACGAUGUAAUUUCCAUGUCAGUAUUACGGAUUUGUCUCUAUAAAAGAUUGUUUCAUUCAAAGUAAACUAGCAGUCAUUCUUUUAUGAUCCGAGAAUAAGUGAAGGUAUCCCUUGGGAAACUCAUAUUGGAAAAUAAGUACAUGUAUGAUCAGAUUAUCUUUUAAAAGUGUAUUUUGGUGGAUAGAAAAAAGGAAAAAAAUAAAAAAAUUUCAUAGUCUGAAAUCGAGUAAUGACGUUCUCCAGUAGUGCUAUUCAGAAGAAAAAAAUAUUUCAACAUAAAUCGUAUCGGUUAUUGUGUGCACAGUGUGCAUUUCAUUUUGCAAUGUGAUGUUUCCGUCUCACGCUGUAGUUUUAAGUGGAUCAGUAAAUGUCUUUUAUUAUGUUAACAGGAUGAGGCGUAAUUAUUUUUCUAAAAUUUUUAAAUUCGUCUCAUUUCUUAAGUACUAUAAAAUAAAUCCUUGAAUAGCUAAAAAAGAGCAAUGGUCUGUGCUGAAAUAUUUAUACUCACUUAUUUUUUACCUGACUGCCUCUUGAUCUCAUUUGCACUGGAUUUGUAAGGAGUUUCUUAUGGAAGACCAAGCUGCUGCUUGCUUACCUGUUAUUGUCCCGUUCAAAGAAUGAAGAGAACUUAGGUAAAGGGGGAGUGAGAUACAAUAUUUCAAAGCACGUUACCGUUAGAUCAGCGUAUUUUGCAUUUUAUCAACUAAUUGUUCUGGGAACCAAUCAAUGUGUAAUAUGUUGUUUAAAAUUGUCGAAAUUUUAUGUUUGUUUCAAAAUUGAAAACAUUAAAAAUAGAUUAGUACUAAAGAAAGGCAACAACAACAGUACAAGAUUUGUUUUUCACACCGUAUUUUUAUUCAGAAGCAUGUGUGCAAAUACACUAUCCGAAAAUUUUGAUUAUAAUGACCAUUUUAACGUAUAAAACUGAGGCUGUUUCAAUUUGAGUAAGCCCUGAAUAUUUUGUAAUGUAUUCAUAACUCAAUUUUCUUUAGAAACUGAAGUGCCUCAUCUACAUCAAAUGUAAUCCGAGUGAGUGAAUUUUAAUCAUGCCUUCCUAUGGUGAAAUUGUUUCAUCAAUUUGUACCUCACCUUUAGACGAAAGAAGAAAAAACAAAGAAGCAUCUGAGGCAAGCCGCCUCUCAGCAAAUACAAAUUUUGAUGCACUGAUUCCAUCAAGCAAGAAGACCAAUUUUGUAAAAAUUUAUAUUCAUCUUUUGACGCAUGCUUCCUUGUAACCAUGUUAGCUUGGUAUGGUAUCAUAAUCGAUUCACCUAUUUUAUUGUGCUAUCACUCUGUAAUUUUCGUUCAGUGGGAAAAAGUUGUACUUUUAAACAUUGUCUAUUUCUUUGGUAUAGUAUUUGUUUUGCUUUUAUAAAAUUUUUAAUUUCAAUA